CCUCACUUGUACGCCAAACUACAACAAACCAACAAAUCCUCUUUUUCCUUCAAAUCUUCUAAAUUCACAUUACAAUGACGACACACACUUCCACCAUCACCAAUACCACAAAGCAUAAUAGUAAUAACAACAACAAUAAUAAUAAUAAUCCACAACGGCUAAAGCGUAUCGAACUUGUCAUCACACCGGGCAAAAGCCUAGGACCAUUUCGAUUAGGAUCUUCAUUGUGGGAUACAAUUCAACUACUGCGAGAUCGACCGCAGUUUUUUCCAACUGUCGAACUUAAAUACAGUCAAAAGGACCCACUACGACAUGAUUUUAUUAUAUCUUUGCCGUCAAAUGGUAUUCACCUUCGGUACGAUGGAUCUCUUCAAAGGUUGAAAUCAAUCGAGUGUUUUGAUCCUUCAAAAGUCAAACUUGUCUAUCAAAAUGGGGAUGUCAGUUCAAGCAGGACAAUCCCUACAUUUCUGUUGAUCUAUAAGUCAUUUGGGCCAACUUAUCCGGGUGAGUUUGAUGCGGCCAAGAGUAUUUACACGUUAAAGUAUCCGGGUCUUGCAUUUACGUUUCCUAUUCCUCUGCGAUUCCAAACCCUUUAUCAGUCAUCGUCGGAUCUUCCAAUGGAAUUUCCUGAUGGUACAACACCAAUCGCAUCAAGGGUUUAUCUUUACACUGGAAGCACUCAUUGGCAGCAGGCUACUGUUCCGUCUCUCUCAAAGGUGAUUGCAGAACACAAUGCGUCGAUUUCUACAAAGUAUGGAAAGUUGGGUCGACGAGAAUUAGAAACUAUUAUUGCAAAGCCUACCAAAGGAGCAACACUUUAUUUUCCUACACAAGUCUCAUCCAAUGAAACAACCGACUCAGCAAGAGAACCAGUCAAGACUACUUCCAAUACAGUUCAAAUCACACUCCACCUCUCGACUGCGCAGGACAUUCUUGCCGAUCUUGGUAAACCUUCGCGGAUAUUCUACAAAGAGGAAGACAAGAUGAAGAUACACUCUACUGCAAAUGACCUCACGGCUCUUGAAAAGCAAGACACAAAGGGCGAUCGGUCAAAGGCAAGUGGAAGUAAUAACGGAAGUAGAGCUGUCAGCGCAGAAGAAGAAGACAAAGAUCCUUUUACCGUCCAUCCAACCGAUUAUUUUUUCAACUAUUUCCAUUUGGGAAUCGACAUUUUGAUUGACGGAGGUUUACACGUGUGUAAGAAGAUUGUCCUACAUGGCAAUAUUCCAGGCCACUAUGAUUUUCAAAGAUACAAGAGAUGUCCUUUCCAGAUAGUAUUUUCCAAGAAAGAUGUGAAACAAGCUAAUGGAAAGGAGAAUUCAAACAAUGUUCUGGUUGAUGUUGAAUCCGAUACUGACGAUAAUGAUCCUGUCCCAGUUCAUAUUGUAACAGCAGAGAUGAAGGCAGCCACUAUGCAGAAACGAAUUCCAUGGAAAUCAAAUGAUGUAUCUAAUGCUAAUGAGCAGAAACCAGUGAUUCUCACUAGGGGGUCGAGCGAACAGAAUCCCUUUGGAUCCACUCACUUGACUGGAUACGAUGAGGGUAUAGUUAUGGAAGUAACUAAGAACGGAUAUGUUCCAACCAUAGUUCUGUACUGAUCAAAUCCAUACAAAUCUUAUGAGUCUUGAAACAAAGACAAGAAUAACAAAAGAGAGAUGUAUAUAUUAGUUAUUUAUUUUUAUAUACAUGUAUCUCUCUAUAUAGAAAGAGAGAAAGACGUAUUUUCAAGCCUUUAUAUAUAUAUAUAUAUAUACAG